AUGGCGCCGCUUCCGACCUCUCGAGUAACUCCAUCUCUAGUCUUUGAGCAUACUGGAGUAGAUUACGCGGGUCCUAUCUCAUUAAAGACAUUUCAAGGUCGAGGUGCAAAAAGCUUCAAAGGCUGGAUCGCAGUCUUUGUGUGUUUCACCAGGUCAGCUAUUCAUUUAGAAGCGGUUUCAGACUACUCAGCAGAAGGAUUUCUCAAAGCCCUUCGACGUUUCACCAGUCGUCGUGGAAUCUGUAAAACUCUUCGAAGUGACUGUAGUACAAAUUUUAAAGGUGCUGAUGCUAUGCUAAAAGACCUAUUUCGACAAUCAACAAAGGAAUCUCAAGAGCUUCAACGGAUUCUCGCAAACGAUGGCACAAAGUGGAUUUUCAAUCCACCUGGUGCGCCUCAUAUGGGUGGAAAGUGGGAAGCAGCAGUCAAGUCUGUAAAACAUCAUCUUCAACGAACCAUCUCAGACACUCUUCUCACUUUUGAAGACUUCUUAACCUUUCUUGCACAAGUAGAAGCAGUACUUAACUCACGACCGCUCAGUGCGCUAUCAGACGAUCCGGACGACAUCUCAGCCUUAACGCCAGGACAUUUCAUUCGCGGAGAAGCUUUGACUACAAUACCCGAAGCAUCAUUAUCCUCCGUACCAGAAUCAAGAAUUUCUUAUUUCGAACGAAUUCAAAAAAGGUUUCAGACGUUUUGGGAUAGGUGGUCAACGGAAUGCCUUCAAGCUCAUCAGUCAAUCUCCAAAUGGCAGAAGACUCAAGACAACAUUCAAGUUGGCUCAUUAGAACUUCUCACUGAUGAGCGACUUCCACCAUCAAAGUGGCCUUUCGCUCGAGUCAUUCAGCUUCAUCCUGGUAGUGAUGGAUUGUGUCGAGUAGUAACCGUCAAAACAGCUACUUCGACUCUUACUCGACCGAUAGUCAAGCUCGCUCCGUUGCCAAUCUCACCUCAUCAAGACGACUCACAAGAAGAAGAUUCUAAUUCCUCACAAGGUUGCGGAAUUGGGGGGGGGGGGGGGGGGGGAAUUUUCGAAAUUAAGUCAUCAACUUUACGCGGACCAUGGAGAGAUUCCAUGGCUCAUCAACUUCGCACGGACCAUGAGAGAGACUGCUCGCUCUCAGUACGCGAACGACCAAUAGGAGUUAACUCGACCCCCUUCACACUCAGCUAA